CACUUCCAAGGAGACUUUGUGCACAUCCCAGGUGCUGAACAAAAAGAGUCAAGUUUUUUAGGAAAAAAUGGUAUUCUUUUGUUGAGUUUAUUUUCUCAUUUGGCACAUGACGUUUCGACCUUGCGGUCUUCCUCAGAUUGAAGGAAACGUCAUGAGCCAAAUAAGAAAAUAAACUCAACAAAAGAAUACCAAGGAGUGUGCAAACUUUUUUCCUAAAAAACAAGCCUGGUACACACACACAACGUACACAUACAAUACAGAACUUACAUAUACAAUGCUGUAUGUAAAAAUCACAUGUAUGUGUCUGUAAAUAUUAUCUACCAAGACCCAUCACCUAUGGACCCGUAGAUCAUAGACACACACACACACACACACACACACACAUACCAGUAGGUCGGUCAACCAUGCUUUUGGACUCCAGAGCCACCUGCAUGUUCCCCACGCGGAUGUGAGCAAUCAGAGAAGUUUCACCCUCAUGUGUCAAGACCACCUAUAGACACACCAACAUAUACACAUACACACACACACACACACAAAUGUACAUACUUAUACAUUCAAAUUUCUCCUGUCAAACAUAAAACCUCAUAUUUACGCACAUCAGAGUAUUUUGAACAUGUUUCUUUUGUAUUUUACUAGUGUAUUCACUAGUAUCACCUUGGCUGUCCAAUUAGUUUGGGUCAUUUUGCCUGCGGUCGAGAUGGUGUGUGUGAAUAUCCUGCCGUCGUCGGGAAUCCAGGGACCACAGAUUCUCUCCUUCACCUGAAAAUGAAGCAGCUGAAGAGUGAAAAUGAAGAGUUUCUGGUUGACGCUGUAGAGUUGUUGAGAAUGGAAAGCAAUUCUAAUAGUAUGAUGAAGGACGCAAAUGAAUCUUCUCCCCCUUUGAUAACUACAUAUUCCUCCAUUGCUGUUGCUUUUCCCCUGCCUGUGUUUAUCAUGCUACAGUACGUAUACAUGGAGAAUGCUGUUGAAUCAAACAAAAAAGGCUCCCAUAAAAUGUUCUCCGUUUCUGACAAGUUCUCCAAGUGUACUACUCACAGAACAUAGGUUUACAUGAACACAGACAAAACAUUCCUUUAUUAGAAUUAGCGGCAUGUUAGGGUGUGUGUGUAUUCUUGUGUUUUUAGUUCAUUACCAGGUAGCCCAUGGGACAGGAGUGGAUGUUGGCGUGGUGGAUGCAGCAGUUGUCCCCAUUUGCGUCCUUCCAGUCGGGGCAGUCGUGCUCCUCACAGAAGUGGCGCGCCUCUGCUGCGUUACUGAUAGAGCUGACGGGGAGAACACACACACUACGCUCAGAGGAGAGGAGAGCCAGGGGCAGCGCGGAAAUACACAGGCCGACACAGAGAGAUGGAGAGAGUGGAAGAGAUGAAGAGAUGGAGGCUGGAACAAAAAUUGAUGGCGGAGCCCGCAGAGGAGCGUGUGUAUCGCUGGAGGCAGGCGCUGCAAGAGGGCCUAGAGUACCAGCGCUCAGGGGUGCUCCCUCUGCUGGGCAGCCCUCGCUACUGCGCCGGGACCAACACAGCCAGCGGCUAUUUGUGCCAGAGUGGACACUGCUGUGGCGAGUCCGGCUGCUGCUCCUACUACUACGAGCUCUGGUGGUUCUGGCUGCUGUGGAGUGUGUUGAUCCUGUUCAGCUGCGGCUGUGCCUACCACCACCGCCAAGCCAAGCAGCGCCAGCAGCAGCAGCUGCAGCGGCAGAGGGACAUCAACCUGUCGGCCUACCAGCGCGCCCGCACCUACAGCGCCUCCAUGCUGGACCUCAGUUUCCUGGCCUCGCUGAAGCUGCCAUCCUAUGAGGAGGUAGCUGCCCAGCCCAGAACCCCACCCCCUCCUUACAGCUGUGUGGGCUACCCGCGGGGCACUGCCCACCUGCUGUCCUCCCAGAGCUCCGACAACUACACCAGCUGCUCAUGCGACUCCUGCUGUCAAUCGUCCCCCUACAGUUACACCCCCUCCACCAGCCACGCCUCCUCGCCCGGUGACAGCGACCCAGGCCCCGCCCCACUGAGUCGUGAGGUCCUCGCCAUUGCACAGAGCCCCUCGCCAAUCACCAGCCCGGACUCUGGGGCUGCCCGCAGCCUCAUUGCAGCAGCAGAACCAGCUAGAACCAGCACCAGUAACCUCAGAAGCGCCAGCACCGCCAGUUCCCCCAGCAACCCCAGUAACCCGAGCAACGCCAGUAACCCAGGGAACGGCAGUAACUCAGUUAGCAUCGCUAAGUCCAAAAGUAGCAGCAUUGAAGCUAAUGUCAGUGGCACGCAGCAAGCCAGCCUGAGCAGCAUUGGCAAUGCCAACUGCACCAUAAUCUUACACCCGCCCGGCGUUACGGUGGGUCUGAGCACAAACCAGCCCUCCUCCCCUCUCGCUCUGACCUCCCCUCCCUCUCUGACCUCCCCUCCUCCUUUCCUGCCCUUCUCCGACCCACUAGAUGUGACCACUGGGCAAAUUGUGGAGAUGACAAAAGGGGCGUGUCCGUUGGACGAUAGUCCAGCCCAGUCCCCGCCCCUCAGGACAGCUCUGCUGGACCCGGGCAGGCGGGACUCGGCGACCUCCGACCCGGAAAUGGACCAGAGCCACUUCCAGCAGCGCCGGCUGACAGGAGACUCCGGCAUUGAGGUGUGCCGCUGCCACAUCGACCCUGAUGAGCAGGACAACGUCAGCACCCUGGACAACAGUCUCCAUGACGACGACAACUGCACAGCACGAGCCAAGGAAGCAGACCAGGCAGGGGGCAAAGAGACGGGGCCUGAUCAGUGUGGCCACUCCCCCGGCGUGCCCAAAGACGCUGGGUCUGACAUGGUGGUGAUUGCCAUGGAAACAGUCUGACAAAAAGUAACGAGGAUUUAGUAGGAAGGAGUCAGCUGGCCACCAAUGGCCGCUUAUUAGAAGUAGAAUGACCGGUCAAUGCUAAUCAGAUGUGUAACAGUCAAUCAAUGCCAAGCGGAGGUUAAUCAGUGGCAAGCAUACUGUGUUCUCGACAGAGUGGUGAAGAAUACUCUGAUUUGUACAGAAACCUAUCACAACAUAGCCUAAUCUUUCCCAUAUGGUAUGGCCAAUCAUGAUAAAGUUCCUGUGCUCCAUUAUGUGAGACCAAACACAAUUGUGUAGUGCAGCCAAGCCAAUCAAAGUCAAGCUCACUGUGUUCUGUGUCCAAACAAUGACUAUCAAGAGCACCCAGUUGCAGCUGAGACUGCCAUGUUCUUCUCUUGCCACCUCUAAAACUGUGUUGCAUGCUGGGACAGAUGGAAAGACUUAAAAAUGGUCUUAUAGCAGACUAUUGGAGAGGAAGCAUAGGGGCAAGCAAAUUUUAGUCGGUACUGUCCGAGGCGAAGCUUCUAACGAACAAUUACAUGCAAAAACACACACAUACACACGCACACACACACACACACUUAUCUGUGAAUCAGAAUAUGACUGUUGGGUACUGUGUAAUGACAUUUAGCAGUUUACGAUAAUAUUACUCCAGUAGGACAACAUUAACCUUCCUUUUGUUAUGAAUAACCACUACAGUGACCGCCACGGUCUGGCCUAUAGCACAUGAAUAGAGACUUCCUUCACUCCUGGAGAGAUCACACUCUGAAAAUAACUCUCCACAGAAUCUGGGCACAGAGCAGAUAUGGUGGUGAUGACCUUAAGGUGACCCUUCUAUCUUUCAAUGAAAGCAGCUGUCUCUGCACACAGCACCUGGCCCAGUUCUGGUUCUGGUCUGAAUCCAGCCAGAGUUCAUUUGUCCAGCCUGGAGCAAGCUAUGAUCCUCUCACACGCCGGCCCACCAGUGAUCUUCACUCUUCAUACGCACGGUAAAACUUCCAGUGUGGCAAAAGGGAGGUAGAUGAUGUACUCACCCCUCUGCUGAUCUGCUCAAGUAGACUGAGAAUGACGUUGUUUUACCAGUAUAUUUUGGUGCUGUCCUUAGUUAUAAAGUCAGUGAAAUGAAUUAGGUUGUCAUUUUGAUCCCAUAUUGUUGUUGGGGUUAAACAGAAUAUGAUUGUCAAGUGUUAAGUGUUGUGUUCUGCUAACAGCGUGCUAUUUCAUCAUGGCUCAAUGUGAGUGGAGGCAGAGGCCCCUUCUCUACAACAUAAUAUCUUAUAAAGCUGACCAAAGUAUGGAACAUCUUUCUUUACUGAUACAAUAAACAGCUAAUGAUGGUU